CAGACGUACUGGACCAUAUUAAUUCCUCCCAGAACUCUUUUUAAUGAUUGUCUAAUUAAUAAGCUGCUGCAGGUAACGGCAGUCAAAAUAUACAAUGCUAAAAUCAACGCACACGCCGACGGCUCAAGGCCAGUCUCCUCUUCCACCUGGGUGGACGGAACAUAAAGCUCCCACAGGUCACACCUAUUAUUAUAAUACUCUUACCAAGAAGUCCACAUACCAGCGGCCUGUUGAAACGCCACCGGCUCCUCAAGUCCCUGCUGUUGCCCCUAACAAUCCCGCACUUGGCUUCCUACAGUACCAAUCAGUUGGGAAUUUGGGGCCGGGCUCUGCUUUUGGACCUCCUUCUGGCCAUCACGACAGUAGAGGUGGCCCGGAUAGUCAUCGAGGAGGUAGAGGCGGCCAUGGUUCACAGCGCGACUCGAGGCCGAAGCCGCAGCCGGUUGACAAGCCAAAAGCAAAGCGUGCUAUUCCCGGAUGUGAGCCAUGGUUCCUCAUCGAUACCAAGUUCGGGAGGCGGUUUGCGUACAACUCCGAGAAGAACCAGAGCUUUUGGCGUAUACCGGAAAAGUUAAAGGAGGGUAUCUUGGCACUUGAUCAACAACGUAUUAAGGAAAAGGCUGCUGCUUGGGCAGACGAAAGGUCAGCUGAGGCGGCUCAAGCUCCAGGGGCGCAAGAGAUGCCAGGGGCUCAAUCACGUCCGAAGCCAGAAGCCCCCACUGAAAUCCAUCCAGAGGCUGAUGAUAGUUCGGAAUAUGAAGAGGUGGAAGUUACUGAUGACGAGGAUGAGGAUAAUAUUUCGAAAAGGCAACGGACUGAAGAACCUGCCCCCCAAGGGCCCGUUGAGUUCACAGAGGAUGACAUUGCAUUUCAACUGGCCGCAAUGGGCCAAGAUUACGGCCUCGAACCAGGCGAAUACGACGAUGGCAAUAUGGAAGAGUGGGAAGAAGGUGCCGAGGGUAUGGAACUAACGGAAGAGGAUGCAACUGCUCUCUUCAAAGACCUGCUCAACGACUCCGGUGUGAGCCCCUACGCACCGUGGGAUAGAAUAGUAGAAGAGGGAACACUAGUCGAUGACGCAAGAUAUACUGCCGUUACCACAAUGCGACGCAGGAAGGAAGUCUGGGACGAAUGGUCGACAGAAAAAAUCCAACAGCUGCGUGAGAGGCGGGCGAGGGAGGAGAAGAAAGACCCGAGGAUACCAUACCUGGCAUUCCUACAGAAGAACGCAACACCGAAGCUGUACUGGCCCGAAUUCAGACGCAAAUUCAAAAAAGAGCAAGAGAUGCGCGAUACCAACCUCUCUGAUAAAGACCGCGAGAAGUCUUAUCGAGAGCAUAUCAAUCGAAUCAAACUCCCACAGGCAACACUCAAAUCCGACUUCCUCAACUUACUCAAAGACCAGCCACCGGCUUUACUUAAUAAUUCCACCCUCCCCUCGCAUCUUCCGCCAACCGUACUGGCGGAUAUAAAGUACAUUUCCAUGGAUCCUUCUAUCCGAGACCCUCUGAUCGAGACUUUCAUCGCUACGCUCCCUCCGGCACCGGAAGCACCAGAGGCUGAGGAAGAUGAGGAGGCGCGGAAUGAGAGGAAGGAGAGGAAGAGGAGACAGAAGGCCUUGGAAGAUCGGGAGAAGAAGGUUGCGGAAGAGAAGCGAAGGCAGCAGAAGACGUUGGCUUUUGGAAAGGGGAGGAUGCGAGAGGAGGAAGAGGAAAUUGCAAGAGCCAUGAAUGUUACGAGGAAGGGGUUAAAGGGACAUUUAAUGGAGAUGGAUGUUGACGAGGUAGACGCGCCAGCCCCAACCCCAGCCCCUUAGUGCGGCUAGUGGGAUAGGUUGUCACGGGAAAUAAAUAGUUGUAUAACAUAUGAGCGUUAGCAAAGCUAUUGGGG